AUUGUUAACUGUCGCCGCUUGUGUCAUUCAAGAGCAUAUCUAGAGUACUUUUUCUGUGACGCCCGUUCUAUUGAGAAACGUUUUAGGCAUACCGGUGCCUUGGCACAUAGAGGGAGUAGAUUUUUACAUCUGGGGCCAAAUAGGACAAGACUCUCGGGCCCAGUUUUAUACGAGGCACAAGUGAUAGAUUAAAGAGGUUGACAAGAUACUAUAUACCCUUUUUAGACCGGGAGUGUGCCUACUAAAUGGCGUCUCUUGAUAAGGAAUCAAAGCGCAAGAAUGACAAGUAUAGUAUAGAUACUGAAAGCGAAUCAGUAACUGCUCGUUCGAGCGACUUACACGACAAUGUGGAAUGUGAAACUUCAUCCCUUGAUAAUGUCAAAAAGGCCUCUCCGGCACACAAUAAAUCAUUGAAAAGCAGGCCAUAUACAUGGAACAAAUCUAUGUUGAAAAACAGUGUGCAGUUGAUGAAGAGUAUGGAAAGUUCCGCUGAUUUGACUGACAGUUCGAAUCUUGAAUCUGACGUGAGUGACACGAAGAGCAGCAGCAGUACAAAGCCGAACAAAACCUCUAGGCUUCUAUCUAGGUCGAGGCGGAGUUUCAAGGUUGACAGAAAAAUAGAAAAAGAAUACAGUCUUGUUGGUAACAUGUAUAAAGGGGAGCAAACCUUGGAAACUGAUACAGACAACAACAAUGUUAAGGAAAGCGAAUGUUUACCCAAGUCAUCACGUUUGUUAAAGUCGAAGAAAAAAAAAGAAUCUUGUCAGUGUAUCGAUGAUAUUGCAGAGUCCAGCCAAAAAAAUCUAACUAGCGAUUCUCGCGAAUCUGCAAAAUCGAGGAAAAAAAGUCUCGGAGACGAGCCAAUACAGACCUCAAAUACUUCCCAGCCUGACACUGAAGUGAAUCAACCUGUUAAUGCCUCCUCACAAGGGGCUCAAGAGAAAGUCGAGGAUAUGACGCACAAUGAAACAGCUGAAUCUUACAGGUCUUCGAAAGAGAUUUUCGAGUCUGGUGAAUUUUUAGAAAAUUUCGAAGAGCGACUAGAAGAAUUGAAAUCGAAAUCCAAAAUAUCUGUACCGCAAAAUCUACUAAAUGUUCCGGAAGACGAAGUUCAAGUGAAAACUAUCAAUUCCAUUUACAAGGCCUAUCCAGAUCUACCGGAAGACACACCCCCAUCAGUGGCUAGUAUCUAUGGAUUUUACAGAGGUGAAGACAAGGUGAUCGUUUAUAAGGGGCAUUGGUAUGGAGCUGACACAUCUCAAAAGGCAUUCCUUAAUGCCUAUCAAGGGCGUUUGUACCAGGCGAAGAUGAAGCCUAGCCCCCCGCUAGAGCUCUUCAACGCUAAGAUUGGUGGUAGUGAAAAUCACGAGGUAGCAUCUAAACCGCUAUCGGAAAGAGAAUGUUCAGAAUCAGGAUUAAUUGAAAGCGAAUCCUACGGGCAUCAAAAUUCAGCAGAGGAUGCUGGUCAAGUCAAAAUUGAGAAGACCGAAACCGAUCCAUUGUUCGAUAACGAUAAAAGCGAUCAAAAUUUAGAAACCAAAACGUCGGAUGGUAAUUUCAUCACGAGGCUUUGUUCUGACACUAAGCUGGUUUUAGAAAAACAGAGUGUUCACCCUGCGAACUCAUCUUCAACAGAAACUUCUGAAGCUACCGAGGAGGCGAAGGAACAAGAUCCACUUAAUGUAGAAGCGAAGAAGCAAUCAACUAGUUCUAGGAAAAGUCUUCAUUCUAGAAGAGAUAUUGCUAGUUCUUUAAGAAAGAGGAGCAAGAGAAUACAGAGAACUGAGUCUAUGUCAUCUAGUCACUCAUCGACACGUCAAUUAUCAGAUUCACAAGGUACUCAUUCGACUAAACAUAUACCCAGGAGGCGACCUGGGCAUAAGAGCACGGACACAGUGGAAUCAUCUUCUAGUGACGCCUCUGUUUGUUCUUCGGCGACAGCUAAAGAAGGGGAUACUACAACUACUUCUCAUCUACGUAGUCGAAAUGUUAGUAAAACGAUAAGCCCGAAGGAGCAGACUUAUGCAGAGUCGAACAUCAAAGUGUUCGAGUUAGACCCGUUAUUACUAGAAGAAGAGCCGAAUGCGAAGAAGACUAUACCGGUAAUAACAAAAUCUGUAUUUGAGGUUUUUAAGCCUGCCUCGAUUGACAUCAAUCCGAUUGAUUCUGUUGGUCCCGUGAGGCACAUGUUAGACAUUCCGGGACACCCUAUUUUGCUCCAAUUGAAGGCUCUUCACACCCCGUCGAACCAAGAGGUUUUCUUCGCAUCAGGCGCGUUUUAUGACAUCGAAAAGAAGGUCCGUUUAUCGGAAGUGUUUUAUUUUGAUUGGAUCAAUGAACAAGAGCUGCUGUACACGAUUAUACACCAGUAUUACCCAACACCUGGAAAUUCCGUACUUAACACCAGAAAUAUUUAUAUGAAGUUUUCCACAUCAGCAGUAUCCCAGUUCAUUUAUUUGAUUGUUCGCAUUUCAACGACUCCUAGAGAAGAAAUUGACACAAUUUUUGAUACAUACUCAAACACCAAUUUGAACUCUAAAGAACGUGCGAAGAUGAUUGACCAGUCUCGCCGGAUUUUGAACCGAUUGGGCAAGUACCAGCAGGCAUUUGGAUGGCUAGCGAUUCAAAUUUUUGAUGAAAAAUUGAACUUUAAGUUGACACCAAAGCAGGAUUACUAUGUAUACAAAAUGAAGCAGAAUAUGUCUGACUUGGCGCUGAUGGAUUAUUUUUACAAUAGCGAAGAGGGUGCUCGCAAAAUGAAAAAGAUGGACUUUUCUCUACAACUGUCUGGGUUUUUGUGUACUCCGGACAAAAUCAGACUGCUCAAUUAUUAUGGUAGCUCUCUCACGAGUUUCUUAUCUCAGGAUAGGGAGUCCAGCAUUGUCAGUUCGAACCCGAACCGCUCACUUACCGUGUGUGAUUCUGUCAAGCAGCUAAUCAAACCUCCAAGGCUAAUCUCGGACUACGUCUAUCAGGUUCAGGAGUUUCUUCCGCCUUCUGUUCCAGUGAGGAACAUCCACCACGACUUUGUUAACAAUCUAUAUAUUUAUCCCCUCAAUUUAACUCUAUCCGGCAACAAAUCCAAGCAUAAAGGUUUGGUGAUGUAUGUGUAUCUGAUGGACAACGACCGGGGCGUUCAUAAUGCACUAAAAAACAUCUACGGUCGAAGUUACGAGGAUAUGUUUAACAAAUGCUUCAUAACAUCUGUAUUCAUGGAAAAUGCGAAUAUUCAGGACGAGGUCAAGAUCAAGCUGCCGAUGAAGCUUAAGCAGUCUCAUCAUCUGCUGUUUUUAGUGCUCUCCUUGAAUAUGCGAAUGAAAAAGGACAAAGAUAACGAAGAAACGGAAAAAUUCCUUGGAUAUUGCUGGUAUCCUAUUUACAACAACUCUAUGAUACUCAAAGAUCGAGAGCACACCGCUCAGUUUGUUCCGUGCAAAGAAAUGGGCUUGGUGAAUGGAUAUAUGGCUAGGGUACGCAAUGACUUACCGGAUAACAGUGAUAAGGGCAUGCUUGUCUUUCGUUCCAAGCUCGUAUCGACUAUUUUUAGCGAGGAUGAUUACGUCAAUCAGUAUUUUGACUCGAUGAACAACAAUGCGAAAACCAAGAAGAAGUCCUUGUUGAUGUUGACAAAGGCCCAUCCGGAUGUGUUGAUCUUGUUUUUCCCAUUCAUCAUGGACAACAUCAUAGAAAGCCUGUGCCUAUACAAGGCCAAGUAUCAACCAUUGAUUUUCAAGACGUUGGUUCAGCUGUCUCAGUGUGUUUUCGAUCAGUUGAAUUUGUCUACGGCUAGCUACGAGAGUUUUCAGAGUUCGAAUCUAUUGCAGUCGUAUGUAACUUAUCAUUUCGUGAAUCCCAAAUCAAAUUCCUCGAUAGCGGAAAUCAUAGCGCUCAAUUGGUGCCAUGUCUUGCAAGAGGGGUACUCCUCGUCCGAGGGGUCGAAUUCCGGUAAUCUCAAGCUGGCCAGUAAUUCGCUGAGGGACGUUGCAUUUUUCUUCUUUGAAAUGAUCGUGAAAUCUCUUGCUAUGAGAAAACACGAGACAAAUGAAUCUAGGGCAGAAAUGACAACUCCAUCUCUCCGAAAGUCCCUCACAGAGAUUUUUCACUACGUCAGAGUUUAUCGAAGAAAUUCGAAUCAGUGCUUUGGAUUUUUGAAUCGGAUUUUGGCGCGAACCUGCAAUCAUCUGUUCACGCUGCUAGACCGUGGCUUCGUCCUGCGUUUGGUCCAUCAGCACAUCAGCAGUCUUAGUAGUCUCGAAGAUUUACCAAAUCGUAUUUUGUUCCUGAAGAUCGUCACUGCAUAUGAAUAUUACGUCGUACUCAACAUACCCUCGUUAGAUCCGGCGGACGCGCCUGAUCAUUUCGAUUACAACACUAUGUAUCAAAGGCACUACUUGUCCGGCAUGCUGAUAAAAGAGUUGGCGCAGUUAUUGAUGUGUGAAAAUCCGCAUCAAUUUAAAGAAACGCGCUACGAAACAAUUGUGUUGCUGAGAAAUUUGCUGUGGAAACACGAUUUAGAUGACCGUAUUCACACAGCAGAACAACUUUCGCCGAUUGCGGGUCUCUACUUUCCGUUUUGGACUCUGUUGGUAGAUAAUGUCCGAGUACUCACGAACGUGACACCGACUCCUCAGGAACAUCCCGAGCGGAAGGAGUGGUGUUUGUGUGCCUUCUGGAUCAUCACGACAGCAGACGUCGACCGUUACCUGCGUUCUUGGUUUCAGCAUCAAUCCACCGAGACUUUGCUCAAGUUGUUUGUACUUUUGAGGACAUUCUACGAUACAUUUGCGGACGACUUACCGCUGCACAGGUCACUUCAGCAAUUCUUACCGUGUCUGUAUGAGGUGUUUAUGGAUGAAUUACACGAGCAGAUUUUGCAGCAGAAGAGUGAAUUGUUCGAGUCUUUCUCUUUGUCUCUUCUUUACUCAUUUCGCUGUAUGAACGAUGAGGAUCUCAUCAUCCGGAUGUGUCAUGUGAUAAGGAUUUAUAUCUCGAAGUGCAGACGCCCUCUCUUCCGAUAUCUGGAUACCCACACUGCAUGUGGAGACUUGACCUAUGCGCUCUUGAACACGGGCGUCUCGUUUUCGGAGAGAUGUCGAGUUGCCGUGGCGUCCUUGCUCUAUUUGAUGAUGCGCACGAAUAGUCAAGAAAUGGGACACUUCGCGCGCAUGAAGCUCCACUUCACCUCCGCGAUUUCCAAAAUAGUCAAGCGUGAGGAUUGCAAUUACGAGGUACUGAUAUCUAUACUCAGGUCGAUCCGAGGGCACAAAGAAGGCAAACAGCACCUUGCGCAUUACGAUACUCAAAUUCAUCAAUUUCUGGUUUCUGGUAUCCGCUUUGUGUAUGACUAUUUGUCCAUCUACACGCUGCCAAAUGACUACCUGAGGGCAGAGAUGUACUACCAGAUUUCCCUCAACUAUAUACAUCACCCGGAUCUUCGCAUAUCCUGGCUGGGUGAUUUGGCUCGCUUGCAAGAAUCACUUGAAAAUUACUCUGAGGCGGCUUGCUGCUAUUUGCAGAUCGCAUCGCUGAUUUCCGAGUAUUUGAUGAAAAUCGCUGGUCAAAAACGUCCUAUCAAGAUCCUUCCUGACUGCGCGGAAAUACGAGAGAAGACUUUUUCUUGCAUUUGCAAGGAGGACCCGCUAAGUCUCGUAUGGCUCGAGAACAAUACCAUUCUUUUGCCAGACUUUUCAGAAGAUGGCUAUACUAAGUUUCUAUCAGCGGCCGCCGAUCUCUUCGCGAAGGCAAACGAACCGAAUUUGACGAUCGAAUGCUUCUUCGCCCUGAUUUAUUAUUACAAAGAGAACAACCGCUGGGAGCCACUUUCCGACAUUUCUCAGCAAGUUGCGACAAUUGCGCAUGACCUGUACGAGGCCAACCGUUCUCAGAGUUGGAUCCCGUCGAACUACUACCGAGUCGGGUUUUAUGGCAAGGACUUUGAAGAGAAUGGCAAGGAAUACAUUUAUUGUGAGAGUCCCUCUGUACGUCUCGCCGACUUCACAUCGAAGAUUGAAAAGCUCUAUGAACAACAAAUCGAGGCAGGAAACCUGAAAAUUCUGGGAAACAAACCGAUCGAAGAGAUGGAACUCGAUCCGGCGAAGAAUUACUUGCAGAUCGUUUCCUGUGAAGUUUAUCUCGAAUACGAUGAAUUAGUUUCUAGGGACUACCACACGUACAGCGACCGGGAUCUCAAUGUUCAAGAAUUUUGUUUUCAGCUUCCUUACUCACCAGAUGGCACCGACAAUCGCGAGGAAUCGAUUAGCAACUCCUGGAAGAGAAAAAUUAUUUUGAAGACCAGUAAGUGCUUCCCGUACAUGCUACAGCGUCUUCCCGUUGUCAAGAAGGAUAUCAGAAUACUCGAGCCCGCUGAGAGCGCCCUGGACCUCAUGAUGACGAUUGUCUCUCGUUUCAAGCAAGCCUUGAAUCGCGUCCCCCCAAAUUCCAAGACGGUACAAAUCAUUCUUCAAGGAUCUGUACUUACUCAGGUCAAUGCCGGCCCCUUGGCUAUCAUCAAAGAGUUUCUUGGGAAUGCCUCAAAAUAUCCUAGCAGCGUUAUCGAAAAACUGGGCGUCCAUGUCAAGACAUUCGUCCGACUGUGCCAAUUCGGUAUUCGUCUGAACGCAACCUUGAUCGAAACCAAGCCAGAACUUGCGCCUCUUCAUAACGAGAUCGUUAAAGCAUUCGCUGUUUUGCGGGAUGAGGCUGCCAAGUACUUAGACGUUCAAUAAAGCAUAAAUUCUUUUUUCUGGUUACACUAAAGCGAGAAAUCAAGAACGUUAGCAAAUAUUG